AUGUGUCAUAUGAAUGCAGAUCAGAGAGGUAGCGGGAAAAAGGCCACGGGAGAAAGGGCAAGGUCCGCCGAUAAGAAGGUUAAAAGGGUUCCGAAGAUGGACUCCUCCUCGUCUGAUGAAGAGGCCGAAGAACAAAGAAAAAAAGAGGAACAGAGAAAAAAGCGCCAAGAAGAGCAGAGGAGAAAGAGCGAAAAAUGGGAGAGAAGAGAGAAAGAGCAGCUAGAAAGGGAUAAGCACCGCCUUCGGCGACGUCACUUGACUGAAGGCUGCGAUAAAGAACAGUGCCAAUCAUUGCACAUUUGCGCGAAAUACCUUGCGGAACUCUGCACCGAUGCCAAGUGCGAAGUGGGCCACGACAUCGCAACGGAGCACAACCGCCGCCUCCUUGGUCCAUUCGACUUGGAGAACGUCGACUACCGAACGCUGAAAAAGUUCCUCAAGCCGGAUUCUAUCACUCCCGAACCGUGCUUGGAAUACAACCUCUCGCAAUGCACUGAAGAUCCUUGCCCCAGGAUGGACAUGUGCGCGGAUUGCGUCUCGGGAGCCGGCGAGGCGUGCACGCUGAAUCAUGACGUCUUGGAACCGCGAUGCGAAGAAUUGCUGCGACAGGCGAAUGUUAACUUGAGUCGAUCGAGAAGGGAGUUGAAACUGCAUCUGAGGAAGAAUUGGGUCUCCAACAUUCAGAUUUCGAAACGAAAGAGAGAACGGGAAGAAGUAGAAAAUUUUCGCCCGACUCAGGUUUCUCCUGCCCCAUCAUCGGGAAAUCAGGAUUUUACAGUCAGUGAAUUGAAGCGGAAACGGACACUGGCUCAGAUGAAGCAAAAUUGCAAAAACAUUGACGGUUUUAUCUAUGAGCUCCCACGGAAGAAGGUGAUGGAAGAUAAAAAGAAUCGAUUAGCCAAAUAUGAGAUCGGUGAAAGAGGAUCCGAAGACGGGCUGAGGAAGGUGUUAAUGCUCCUCGGAGGCACAGGAACAGGAAAGAGUACAAUAAUCAAUGCGAUGGUGAAUUACGUGUACGGAGUGAAGUGGGAAGACGACUUUCGUUUCAAAGUGAUUGUGGAAGAACACGAAAGUGGAGUAAGUCAAGCUCAAAGUCAGACGCAAUGGAUCACAGUCUACACACUACACAGGCAGCCGAGCUUUGCUAUCCCUUAUACCUUGACUGUCAUCGAUACCCCUGGGUUUGGACAAACAAAUGGGAUCAUGGCCGAUGAAGAAUUGAGGGACCAGAUCCGAGAAUUCUUUUCCAAUAUUGGGAACGUUGGCGUGGAUCAACUUGAUGGAAUCGGCUUCGUCGUCCAGGCUUCUAUACCCAGACUCACGCCCACACAAAGGUACAUAUUUGAUUCCAUGAUGUCAGUGUUUGGAAGGGAUAUGGAAGGCAAUAUCUACGUACUAGCAACAUUCCCGGACAGCAAGAGUCCGCCAGUCUUACGAGCCCUCGAAGAUGGAGACAUCCCUUAUCGAACAUAUUACAAGUUCAAUUAUUUUGCUCUCUUCCAUCGUCCUGAUGACUACUACGCUGAUUUUAAUAAGAUUGACUGGGAAAUGAGCAUGCAAUUUAUGCACACAUUUUUCAAAGACUUUCAGAAGUCGAAAUCAAUCAAUCUGAUGCUGACAAACAAAGUUUUAUUGGAGCGACGACGCCUACAGACAGCUCUACAGGACAUACAGCCACAAAUCAUUGCUGUUCUGGAACGAUACGGAUCGAUGUUUGACCCAAACGAGAACAUUACAUACACCUUCAAGAUGUUGAAACAAAAACGAGUGAACCUAAGCCCUGACGAAUGUGCCAUGAACUGCCGAAGAUGCGACUUCACUUGCCAUUAUCCAUGCAUAGAAAACGAGAUGGAGACGAAUUGUCAAGCGAUGGGCAUCGGGAUAGUGGAAAGUGCAGUGCCACACUGUCUUGUUUGUCCCGACCAUUGUCCACCAGACCAGCAUGUGAAAAGCAAAUAUUACCUCGAACUGUAUGAGGAAGAGGUGAAGAGAACUACUAAGGAAUUGAGUGCGAAAUAUGAGGCAGCAGCUGGAAAGAAGUUGACUCCGAAAGGGCUGAGGAUGGAAAUCGUUAAGGCAUUCAAUAGGGAAUCGGCGAACAUGAUGGAUUCAACCAACAAAGCACGCGAAUUUUUACAGACGCUCAACCAAAUAGCAUUGAGGCCCGUUCCCUUGGGGGUCAUUGAAUAUUCGGAAUCAAUAAUUGAGACAGAAAGGAGAGAAGGCAGACAGAAUCUAACCCAGAGAAUCGCAUACAUGGAAGACAUACGGGCCAAGGCAGUACUAAUUCAAAUGAUAAAUAAUCCAGAUUUACCUAGCGUCUCCCAUUACCUUAACCUCUUCAUUGACAUCGAGAAAAGACUAGGCACAUCUGGGAAAGUCCAGAGGAUCAAAUAUCUCGAAGAAGCAAAAGCAAAAAUGAAGAAGGAGUUGUAA